CCCACGCGCCCCUCCUUUCCUCAGCUCCUGCCUGAGCUCUGGCAUCCAGCGGAGUGGACAGAACACGGCUAGGAAGAGGCUGACUGAAACUGACACAAGCAGGAUGAAUUUCACCGAAAGUUCAGCUCAAUACCGCCAGCGUUCCCAUUACUGUAACGUGCUGUACCCAUGGGUAAGGGCGAGAGCGCCCACAGCUGAAACGGGAAAACAAAAAAGUUUGCCCCAACAGCUGGGUUCCAAGCCCCUCCUCCCCGACAGGGCUCCUCUAUCAUCUGGGACCUGAGCAUGCCCACCUGGGAGCCAGCACAGCGCCAGACACAGCCAGAUGUGUGUCUCGGUUGUUCCUGGGCCGAGCUGAACGGAACUGGAUGUGAAAGUUGCCGUAGGUAGGUGGCGGUAUGGUACGUGGAUUCAACACCCCGUGUGAGGCGCUGCCAUUUAGCAACGAUAAACCUUGAUCUUUGUGGUUUGGGGGCACAUCACCAAAGGCUUCACAGCCUCAACUUCGUCAUCUUUAAAGUGGAGACUAGCUAGCUCACUGUCACCGUGAGGACGAAAGAAAAGCAACCUGCAAGAAGCGCUUAAUGUACGAUUCUCCAUCGUGGCAGCUAUUGCUAGAUCACAUACGAACUCGGAUUGCUAUGAUGGCUGAGUAGAACUGAAGACAUAAGAAAAACUGAAUGAAUAUUCCACUAGCAGAAAAGUUACUGAUACACUAGCUGCAGAUCUCAAAAUAUUCAUUUCUCUGGUAUCAUUGAAGUAUGAGGUGGGAGUGUGGGAAGAGUUGAAAGCUGUUACCCCUUUAAAUUUCCAUCUCUGUUAAACCAAACCUGAAACCUGGGUUCAUGUAUCUGGAAGGUCUGCCGGGAGGAUAAUUUUGGCAGAGAGGAACUCAACUCUCUAAAUGUGUUGACUGCAAUAAAAUUGGCGGUGGCAGUAAUCAAUCUCCAUCAACUAUGGCUGGGUAGACCAGUGUCUGUGCUGGUACUUCUGGAGAACCGAUGACCUACUGUGUGCACUCCAGUAGAGAGGUCCCGUCCCAGCGUUCGUAGGACUUGAAGGUCUUUCUUCAAGGGCAAAAGGGUCACAGCUCCUAGAGGAAGGAUCCACCCCAUUGCCUAGUCCAGACCCAUUUCGCUAGAAGAGGGCAUGACACCAGGGAGUCCACAGGAUCUCCGCCAACCUGGAGGAGGGGGCUCCUCAGACUCUUAACCAUUCCCACUCACUGUCCUGGGGUCCCGAGAGCCGAGGAUCAAGUUCCGCUGCGGGUGGGCAUCCACAGCCCCGGAGGCAGUAGGUGCCCCCCUUCCCAAACCGCCCGUGGCCUACCCGCCGCGAGCGCUCCUCUCGCACCCCAGCUCCAGGCUCUUGACGCAGCUCGGGAUCCCGGGUGUGCGCUGAUCGCCCCCGGGAGUUCGGGUCCUGCAGCCUUGGGGGGCACCGGGUGUGCACCUGGGCGGGGCCGCAUCCCCGGCGGCGCCCCCCGCCCCCGCCGUCUGGCCGCGCGCCGGGUCCCCGCCGCAGAGCCGGGGGAGGAGCGGCCGAGGCUGAGUUGAGACAGACCCGGCCUCGGCGCGGCGGCGGCGGCGGCGGCGGCGGCGGCGGCGGUGGUGGCGGCGGUGGCGGGACCCGGGCCACCAGCCCGACAGCACCGGCGCUCUCCUCCCCUCCCUUCCUUCCUCCCUCCCGUCAGCCGGCGGGGAUCCCCAGCGAGCCGGGGAGGAGCCGCGGCGGCCGCCAGACAGGCUGCAAGUCCUGAGAAGGCGAAAGGGGGGCGGGGAGCUCCGGGAGCCAGCCCGGUGGCAGGUCCCUCUUAAAGAGCCACGCCGCGCCGUGUCGCGCCACCCGGAGCGCUGCCCCUCCCCCGCAGCCCGCAGGGCCGGUGGCCGAACUGCACGGUGGGCGGUCCCGCUCGCCCAUCUAGGGGCUGCUGCAGGUGAGUGCCGCCCGCCGCGGUCUCUGCUUGUCUGGCCGGAGUUCACCUCUGAGCAGGGGCGGGAGGAGGGGGCGGGCAAGGGGCCGGGAUGCCCGCCAGCCUGCGCCGGCGACCGCUGCCCUCCCAGCCCGGGCGUCCCCGAGACCCGCGCACCAGCAAGAACAGAAGCAAAGCACAGAGAGCAGCUGAUGAGAACAGCCUGAGAGCCCCUGGUGAGGUGGAGACUGGCCCGCUCUGUGGAAGAUGCUGGCUGCAGUGAGGCCGAGAAGUCCUUCAUUUUGAGGUGGGAGAGCAGGUUUCAGCAGGACAGCGUCUUCAUUCCCGACCUCACCAUGGCUUCAACUCUCUGGCUGGACGGCUGAUGUGACUGUGUGUCCCACAUGCUGUUGGACUGUGUGCCGUCCAGGUAGUUCCUGCUCACAGGGUGUGGGAGCACAGCCAGUGGGCAUCAGAUGCUCCCAAAGGUUGGACCAGCAGAGUGAUGGACUUGGACAGGCUAAGAUGGAAGUGACCUGAGGCCUCGCCCGGGCAGUUUCUUCACAACAGGACAAGUUAAGAAUUGAAACACAGGCUUGUCUGGGGAGCAGUAUGCCGGAAGCUGGUUUUCAGGCCACAAAUGCGUUCACAGAGUGCAAAUUCACCUGCACCAGCGGCAAAUGCUUGUACCUUGGUUCACUGGUCUGUAACCAACAGAAUGACUGUGGGGACAACAGUGACGAAGAAAACUGUCUCCUGGUGACCGAGCAUCCACCUCCAGGCAUCUUCAACUCGGAGCUGGAGUUCGCACAGGUCCUCAUCAUCGUCGUGGUGGUCACCGUGAUGGUGGUGGUGGUCGUAUGCCUGCUGAACCACUACAAAGUCUCCACACGUUCCUUCAUCAAUCGCCCCAACCAGAGCCGGAGACAAGAGGACGGGUUGCAGCCGGAAGGGUCCCUGUGGCCUUCUGACAGCUCCGUGCAGCGGCCAGGGGCUUCAGAGAUCAUGUGUGCCCCACGGGGCAGGGAUAGGUUUACCACCCCAUCCUUCAUCCAGCGGGAUCCGUUCAGUCGCUUCCAGCCCACCUACCCCUACGUACAGCACGAGAUUGACUUGCCUCCCACCAUCUCCCUGUCAGACGGGGAAGAGCCGCCUCCUUACCAGGGACCCUGCACCCUCCAGCUCCGGGACCCAGAGCAACAGAUGGAACUCAACCGAGAGUCCGUGAGGGCCCCGCCCAACCGAACCGUGUUUGACAGUGACUUAAUAGACAUUUCUAUGUACAACGGGGGACCAUGCCCACCAAGCAGCCACUCGGGCAUCAGUGCAGCUACUUGUAGCAGUAACGGAAGGAUGGAGGGGCCGCCCCCGACCUACAGCGAGGUGAUGGGUCACUACCCAGGUACCUCAUUCUCCCACCACCAGCAUAGCAACGCACACAGGGGCAGCAGACCACAGUUUCAGCCGAACAACUCAGAGGGCACAAUAGUACCCAUCAAGGGCAAAGACAGGAAGCCUGGGAACCUGGUCUGAUUCCCUUCAGGGUGCACUUUGCAAGGAGAGAGAAACCUCGGCAGGGAGAGCGAGGCCACCGGCCCCUCUGCCACAGUGUUGUCCAGCUUUACGUCGUACAGCUGAGUAAAACCAAAUGUGCAAACACGGUCUUCGUUUCUGAUUCCUGUCCUGGGAAUUGCAUGCAAACAAGACUGGAACAAUACGAACUUCCAUCCGGUUUGACCACAAACAGUGUUCAUCUGGGGGCAGGGGUGGAGUCAGGGUUAGAGAUGGUGUGAGCUUGGCAAAGGGCGUGCAGAGCAAACCGAGGAUGCUUUGAAGACUUCAUGAAAGUAAGACCCACAGAGGUAUUUUUGACAUAUUUAAUUCCAAAAGGAGACUGCCGAUAAAGGAGGCCAGAAUGGCCCGUUUUUAUAAUUAACUGAAUAAAGAAGGAAGAAUUAUUAUAUAUUAUCAUGGGGAAGAAUCAGCCAGUUUGCUUUUUCUCCAAAGGUGUGAAACUUUUAUUUUGUUUUAAAAGUAUGAGUCAAAACUCCUGUUUUGUGUGCCAAGGUAUGAAGCAGAUGGAGGAGCGAGAGGAACUAAUUUGUGUUGUGAUGGUAUGCUUUAAGAGUUGCACUAUCUUGAUGUUUAAAAUACGGAUGAGGGAACUGUGUUGUGUGAAGUUCUGUAUGUUGUCACCUAUGGAUGGCUAUUACGCCCCAGGAACACCCUUGAGAGUCCACAUAGUCAUACAUGAAAGGUAUUUGGGGAUGUGCCCUGGCGUUUACCAAGUUACAUACAUUUAAGAAGUGGUGUGUUGCAAGAAGUUGCAGCCAGACGCAGUGCACUACUAGAGUUAUUUGGAGAGGUUGGUGAAAAGAAACACCUGCAUUGUGUGUAUCAAGUGUCAUGCAGAGCUAGCCUUGUUCCCAGCAGCGUCAGAGCAAUUUAGACUUUUUUUUUCACUGUAGCAUGAAAUAUAUUCAGAUACAUACCUUAUUUUAUGCAAUAAAUUGUUUAAAAUGCAAGGUGGUUAUUUUGUGUACUGCUGAACUGUGUAGCACAGUGAGUCCCGUGGCCUCUCCCAUCCUAGGCAGCUCUGUUGAGUCCUGCAAGGAUAUUCUGUUCAGCACCUGGCACCAGCAGUUGCUCCCAAAGCCCACUUGGUUUUCUAAGUGCCGUCCUGAUGAUGGUUCCUUAUACUUACUAUCCCCCUGGGCUUGACAGAGGGACACAUUUGGCACAGUAAGCCAUUACGUAUCACCAGUGUUGCACGGUAGAGGAAUCUGGGGCAGACCUACCCAUAUUCAUGCCACGGACUCACUUCUGUCUAGUUCGUCUUUGAACUGUGGUCAGCUGGAACACAGAGGUGGUGGGGGAGGGUACGACUCAGGACAAGGCAUGGCAAAGUCGCAGCUGGACAAUGGCUUCUCAGUUUUUGAAGUCAGUUGACUAUUUCUACUCUUUCUAAACAUUCUUACGUACAAUAAAAAGCCCCAGUGACUUUCUUCUGCAGAUGUAAGAGCUGGCUCUGUAACUGCACCAUGGUGGGCUCAUGUGCAGAGGCAGGGCCGCUUCCUGGCGGUCUGGCCUCUGCACGUAACAGAAUGAACAGGAAUGGGGAGUCAGCGGCAGUUUGACACCAAAUCGGUGUGCGUGAGUGCUUGUGUGCAUGUGUGCGUUACUGUUUCCGGAGGUAUGUGAAGUUAGUAUUCUCUUACCUGAGAACUAGAGAUUGUUUGAAGCCCCGAGUCGUGUCUGACCCCAGGCUUCCCAUUUCUGCUUGUCUCAGUAGGCAGGCCACUGGCUUGGUUUGAGACUUGACAUCUCCAUGGGAUUUAUCCAUUUCACACAGUAGCAUCCACAGGAAUACUCAGUCAAAAGGAGUGAGGACGGAUAGGGAACAGCUAUCAGCCCAUGCUUCAACACUGCUUGGAAGGAUGUACAUGUGAGGGUCUCUGGGACUCUGGAGUUGCUUUUCUGUCUUGUCUGGUGAUAGUCAGUGGCCUCUCAGGCUACAGGUUAACUGGGCCAAAGAUGACCUUUCCCAUUGCCUUGAGGCUUCCUGAAAAGUUUCUGCCUCCUGGUGACCUAUGCUUUCAGACUGCUUGAAUGGGGCUCUGAGAUACAAUGGCAGAGGAAGGAGGUAUGUGUCCUCCCUGGGGUCUCACCAGUAGGGGACUUGUCAUGGAUGACUGCCAGGGAAGGUGAGGCUAUGGCUCUGUCGUUCCAAAUCAGAACUGUAGUUUUGGUGAAGCUGGUGAUCUCACCCUUUAGUUUCCACUCCAAAUGGUUUCUCAGUCCUUACUUUAGUCUUACUUUUCUGUCAGCUGUGAGAAAGAGCUAAGAUCAGAGAUUGGUAAAUUCCUUCGGAGCUUAUAUGGACAUUUUGUAGAUGCCAACAGUAUUGGCAAAACAUUGGGUACCCUAGGGGACUGCCUUUUUAGUGUUCUCUCUCUCUCUCUCUCUCUCUCUCUCUCUCUCACACACACACACACACGCACACGCACACGCACACGCACACGCACAUCACCAUCAUCAACUGUGACUUUGAAGUCUUUGAGGCUGGGUCUCUUUAAGGAAUUAGUUUAAAAGCCAAAGCCAAGGUCAUAAAAAUGAAUUGGGCCAUUUCUCUCAGCACAGGGAGGAGGAGAUUUAGAUAGGAGUAGCCUUCUAGCCGACAGUCCAUGCCAUGCUGUCUCCUGGCUCUAAGGUGCUAAGUAGCAGCUGUGAAGACGGGCUUACACAGCAGGGGCUGUUGUCUUUCAAAAAGCUGGGUGCUUAGACCCCGAGGGUUCAGUUUAGAAAGCAGUGAGUUCAGGCAACUGACAAUAGGUUAUAAUGAUAGAUUAUUCCCAUGGGGCACUGCAGUAAAGAUUUGCAUUGUUAGAAGGCGCAGUCCUGGGCAGGCCACUCUGACUUAACUGUUGUCUCAUUGGAUUUCCAAGAAUAUGAAACAUAAGGCCUACAAAUCCAUCUACUGGAAUUCAGUCUUUUGGCCUGCAUUUGCUUUUUCAGAAACUCCAUAAGCAAACACUAAAGCAAUAUUUAAUACGAGAUUGUGAAACCAACUACUCAUUCAAUUGUUUACUGAAAAAGCAUGCCCCAUGACUUCACCACAGACACAGACCUAACCCAUGAGAAAUCAUGACAUGGCAGUGACUAAAACUUACAAGUAUAUUGUGAGAAUUAAAUUUUUCCUUAGUAAUUUUUAGCUCAAAUUCAAGAGCCAAGGAGCCAAAUGGGAUGGAUGCUUCUUCACACAAACAUGAGACUUGGGUACAAAAAGUAUAUAUGUGUGUGUGUGUGUGUGUGUGUGUGUGUGUGUGUGUGUAUUUAAAAAAUAUAUAUUUUAAAUUCUAAGUAGCUCCAUUUGAUCUUCAUCUUUAUUUUACUGGGACCAAAAGGAAGUACUUCUAGAAAGCUGCUUUGAUCUAGAAGAAUCUAUUCAUAUACCUGCCUUUCUCACAGGUGUAGGUUUUCCAUCUUACUCAACUGUUCUUUUUUAGAAUGACUCCUGGGGUAGUCCUUUUAAGAUGCCCUCAAGCUGUAUUAUUGAGGUAGCCCAUGUGGCCUCCGUUGUGUUUUGCCAACACUGUUGUAGAUCAUGGCUAUUCCUGGACUCCAUGAAUUAGGCAAUGGAGACACAAUGUGCAUACUGUGGAUGUGUUUCCAGAGUUUUGCUACUUAGAAUGGCAGCUCUAUACCCCCUAAAAAUCUCAGCAGUCGGGUUGAGGGGAGUAACUGGGAAGGAUACUUGCUGUUACCUUUUUGCUUUUCUCUCAUGUCAGUCACCCAUCCAGACUUGCUUGCACCCUAAAAUGCCAAGCAGUUUCAUGGCUUCCUUAGACUGUACUGAUUCCAACAAACCCUGUUGUGUGGCUGUCAGGAGCUGUUCACAGUCCUUGGAGAUGUGGACAAAUCACAAUAGCAUUCUCAGUCUGCCACAGUCCAUAGGUUUUAGGAAUAAAGAUGUCAUGUGAUAGCUGGCUCUGCCAGCUGGAUGUAGCACAGGUUGAUGUCGGAGCACAGGGCCAGCUUGCUGAGCAAGGGACUUCUCCCUAUAGCCCAUCUUUGUCCCUAGGUUUGCUGGAUAGCGUAACAUGACAAGGCUAGCCUAGACAGAUGAUGCGGUUGCGCACACACAAGCCCAUCCCUAAGAAGCGGAGGUGCCUUGUGUUCUGACGUCAGAUGCAGGACCCCAGCCCCAGCGUGCACUGCUCACCUUCUUCGUGCCUCACUUGAAAUGGUGCUUCUUCAACUGUUUGCUUUCAUUUGUAAGGUGCUGUAUAUACGUUGAACAUAUGCACAUACUCUACCCAAUGGGUAGAAUAAGAAAUUAAUACUGUAAUAUACUGUAUAGACACCAGUUUUACCAGAAACGGCAUAGAACUUAUGAAUGCCUACGUACUCCAUCUUUUGUAAGGAAACUUGCAAAUGAUUACAUACAGAUAAAGUCUAUGUAGUUUAUUUUCCUAUUAAAUAUAUUAACACCAUGGAAUGAAGUCUGAACAAGCAGGCAGCAGUUUAUGACCAGCACAUACAUAGGAACUGAGUUGCACCUUUGCUCGGAAACACUUUAGCAAUCCCUAAGAUGUUUUUAUUUUAAUCCCUUUAGAACUAGUUAGCCCAGUUUAGUUAUAUUUUAGGCGGGGUGGGGGAGGAGGCUGCUUUUCAGCUUGCUCUGUACGCAGGCCUUCUCUCUUGCUGUAGUAUCAAUUGUCAGGCCUUGGUGGGAUGUGCAAACCUUUGAAGACACGCAUGACAUCAGGCAAAUGAGUAACCCGCAGCAGAGGCUAUUCAGUCUCAGAGGGCACUUGUGACCAUUUGUGUUCCAUGUUCUCUGUGCCUUGUCUUAUAAAUGGAAGCUAUGGAGCCAAUGAACUGUCUGGAAUUUGUAGGGAGAGUGCCUCAGAAAACAGAUCCAUUGGGAAAGAUUAGGGUAGGGAAAAUGUUUGGGGUUGUCAUUAGAGAAUGGCCAAUCAGCCGAGUACAGACUCCUAAGUCCAUUCCUAUUGUGUUCUGGGGUAGUCCUGACCCCUAAAGCAAUUAGGUUUUACCAUCAGUUAGGUUACAUGUUAGGCUGUAUGUAAAGUCACACUUCUCUCUUCCAGCUCCUGUUUAGUCUUUAGUGUCCAAUUGUGGCUUUGGUAUUUUUAAGUUUCUUCCUUUGUCCUCUCCCGCCCUCUGCCCCUCAAGCAAAGAAGCCUUGGUGUCCAUUAAAACCACCAUGGACACUUAGUGCGAUCCAUGGAAUGCUGCCAUCCAAUCUAAUCCAGUAUGCCACCAGAUGAUAUCUGAGUAAUUCCUGGCUUUUUAUUUGUUCUGUGGUAUGUGCUCUGACUUUGAAAGUCAGAAAUAGAAUUAUCCCCCAAUCAGGUAAAAACAAUGCUCCAAGCUAUUACUAAUUAUUCUUAAUGUGCAACUCUUAAUGCCAAUUCAGUCCUCUUUAACACCUCCCUGCAAGAGCUGGGCAAAAAUGACAGUGGGUACCUCCUAAGUCUCACCCAAGUCCAAGUUACUGUCUGUCUACUGCAGGGCACACCCUCAGGAUCCCUGGGGGUCAAGACCUGAGGUCAAUUACUGUCAGAAAAUAGGCACUUUACUGAGCAUCAGAAUGUUCUGGACUCAGUAGUAAGAUGUGCCAUCAACCAGACUCCUUUCUGCAGAUCCGGCCCUGGCUGAGCAUCCCUUUCAAUGAUGCUGGUUCUUUCUGAUGUGCUUGCCUUUCAAAAAAAAAAAAAAAAAAAAAAUCACAAUUUCAACUAAUAUCCUUGUUGAGUUUAAAGUUGUUUUAAAAUAUAUACAACACUAUCCACAGCAUUUAGCUCAUUUAUUUUUUAUUAUAAAGCAAUCUACUAAAAAAAGUACAGCUGUAUUUGCAUCUUCCGAUCUUUGUGAGCUAUUAUAAUUAGAAGUCAAAGUCCUUUUGUGUUUAAACAACCACAUGCUUAUUCUUUAACAUAUUCCUGGUCAGGUUCGGGAAUGAUUCACAACUGUUAUCCACCUGCGUCUGUUGCCCGGGUGACGAUGCAGUUUAGGACUCAGGUCUGUGAUUGCAAUACUUUUGAUGACAGAUGUUGCACAAGUGCUGUUUGUUAGUUAUGAAAUCAGGUUUUCUGCUUGUUCUUGAUGCCAUGGUCAAAUCAUAGCACAAAGUCAUUAAAAAUAAUCAGUGAUAAAUAUCUGUCCCCUGGGGUUGUGUUUGUUCACCUUUCAGCUACGACGUACAAAUAACAGAAAACUGAUGUAUGAUCAGUCUCAGAAAUAUACUUUCUUUUUUGUGAGUUGGAGAUGGGACCCAGGAAAGAGUUCUUCCUUGGGCUACACCCCAGGCCAAAGGAUAGUGCUGAUCAUCCUCUAGUUCCUGACUCAAGGAAAAUAUCUGCAUGUGUGUGCACGCACAGCAUAUGUGUACAUGUGCCACAGCUGGUGUGUGGUGAGGACAACUUGCUGAGUCAGUUCUCUCCAUCCACCAAGGGAUGGCAAGUUCAACUGUCAAGCUUGGCAGUGAACGCCUGCAGUCCCUAUCUCACAGUCUGGUUGCUGACUUUUAAAAAGGAUUUCCUAGUGUCCUGUAAACCUAGACAGAGCACAGCACAGACUUCUCAAUUCUGAGUUCUAACCUGGGGUGUUCAGAACUGGUCCUGAGAACAUCUGACCUCACGGGUUUGGAUGGCUGUCACACAGCAAGCUCAGCAGGCCUGAUACUAAAUGUUGAAGAUCCCCUGACAGUGGAGGCCUUCAGAAGAUGGUCUAUGACCUACACUGAGAGGAGAGUAUUUUAUCUGUGCUCUAAGUGUAUGGAUUCUAGAUGACACAUGUAUGCAUAAAGCCCGCAAACCUACCAAACAAUGAGAAUAAGUGAAUUUAGCAUGAUAGUAAAAAGAUUUAUUUUUCCAUUUCUGUAACUUUCUAAUAAACAAAUGGAAACAA